AGUACGAGGAGGAAGAGAAACAUGGCGGCGCCCUUUAGCAGCAGAUGACUUACUCUGGAGUCAUCGGUCCAGUUUUCUCUUGAAAAAAGGAAUAAACUAAUCAAACCAACAUGACCGGCGGCAAUAUGCUUCCUAGAACCCCAAAGCUUGUUAAAGCGGCGGCUCCGCUGUUUCCCCGGAGCGGGUUUCUGCAGGCCCGCAGACCGCUCAGCGUCGGCCGCCCCGCGGCCGCCAAGCCCCGGUACCAGCCCCAACCCCGGGAGAGGGUGGAGAUCCCGGGGCUGGAGAGGGUCACCUACGCCGAGAGGAUGCACUACGUGCCGGGGCUGGCCAAGCCCGAGCACCCGCGCUGGGAGCGGGACUACAAGGACCCGCGGUUCUACUGGUCCCCGCCGGCCCCGCAGAUGCCGCUGUACAAGGACAGGCCGGUGCAUGUGUUCAACCAGAGGACCAGCCUGCUGGAGGGUGUGCGUCAGGCUGCAUGGUUGACCAAGACCAAGGUGAUGUCCGGCCUGCCCCCCCACCUGCUGGCUCUGGCGGAGAGUCCUGAAAUCCAGGCGCAAGAUCUGGACGAGCGCGUCCAAAAUGCCAUCAAACACGCCCGGUUCUGGGACACGACAGAGGACCGACCUCGCAAAGAAAGAUACAGCCAAAUCCUGCUCCGCAACCUCCUCCAUCUGUGUGCGAGUCUACACUCCAGUAAUCCAGCUAUCAGAAGGAGGAUCUUUACAGAUAACUAUUCCUUGGCAGCCACUUGGGAAAGAGGUGAGGACCUGUUCCAGGUCAGGGGCCGGAACGGUUUGCUACACAACAGCAUGGACCCACUUCCAGAGGUUUGUGGGAAAGAGGAAGUGGCCAGCACAUCGGAUCACCUCCUGGAAACGUUCUAUCCCAUCUCCCCCACCAUCGACCUGCAGAAAUUAAACGUGUACAAAGAGGAAAUGAACUGCUCAGGUUUCAGGAGCGGCUAUCCGUACCCUCACGCCCACACACUUUACCUCCUGGAGUCAAUCCCACGCUGCAAGCUCCGCCCAGAGCAGUUCAGAGCCAAGAUGCUCAUGUUCGCCUUUGGGAAUGCUUUGGCCCGAGCACAUCAACAGUAUGGCACCAAAGCCCAGGGGGUCCUGGAUCACCCGAUAACCGUGCAGUCGGUGGGGACUAAUGGCAGGAUUUUCCAGUUUCUGGUGUUCCAACUCAACACCACAGACUUUUCAGGGGACGACGGCGUCAAAAACCAGAUGUGGCUGGACGAAGAUGUGGACCUGUAUCAUUUUGCUAAAGUUAAACCACUUAUCAAGAAGAAGCAAGUUAAGGUACCAGCGGGCCUGGAGGGAUACAAACCUGAAACGUUCAACAAGUUCCUGGCCCUGUACCUGCAUGGAGCUGUGUAGGAGCUGCUCUUUACCUGCCCAACGUGCACGCGCUGCCACCAGCGAGUCACGAGUCAACGAUCCAUGUGUCUGGGAUUUAAAGCAAGAAGACUCCUCCCAGACAGGGACUGUGUUCAGUUUUACGAACAAUUUGGAGGGGCUGAAGCGGCAAAAUCUCACUUUAAUUUAAUUCCAUGUCUGUGUUAGAGCUCAAAUAAAAAAAUAAAGUAAUAAAAAAAGAAACCUGAAAA